AUGAGUGUUAUAUCAGUGACAGGGUUUGGCCACCAGAACGUGAGCGUGGACUCAGAUUCCGAAGACGAUGCGAUGGGGGACAUUGAGGCCACAGGUUUCAAGAGCUCCAUAGUCACACCCGGUGAGCGUAUAACCGACGAUCCAACUUGGAUGAGGGGUCACGGGACGUUCUAUUUAUCAAACCAAACAUAUAGUUCUGUGGCGGGCUCAAUCUCCAGAGUGAGUAAACUGUUGAGUGUGAUUCCGUUUCAUGGUCGCUACUCUCCAGAAACGGGUGACCACGUUGUUGGUAGAAUUGUGGAAGUGAGUCAAAAACGCUGGAAAGUGGAUAUUGGUGCUCAGCAUGAUGCUAUAUUAAUGCUGGGAUCUGUGAAUUUACCGGGAGGUGUUUUAAGAAGAAAGUCGGAGAGCGAUGAGUUGCAGAUGAGAAGUUUCUUAAAGGAAGGGGACCUUUUGAAUGCCGAGGUUCAGACUGUUUCUCAGGAUGGUGCUGCAUUUCUUCAUACCAGAUCGCUGAAGUAUGGAAAACUCAGAAACGGGGUGUUUGUGCGGGUUCCCUCGUCGUUAAUUGUCAGGGCCAAGAAUCAUUCUCACGACCUACCAGGAAGCGUGAGUGUCAUAUUGGGUGUCAACGGGUUUGUGUGGAUUUACAGGACCAAGGUUAAUGCGAAUACAAAGACUGAAAACUCGGCUUCGAUAAACAGAGUGUCAGCACAGCUAAGCUCUUCAAGGGAUUACACACCCGGCCAGGGAUCUGAGUCUAUAACGAGACUGGAGGAAGAGUCUUCGUGGAGUAUAUACAGCGACCAGAACGACGAGGACUUCCCCGAAACCAUAAAGUUGAAUAUUACCAGAUAUAGGGGAUGUAUAUUAGCUCUGGCUCAUUGCGAAAUCGGUAUCACGGGAAGCCGUCUGGUGAAUGCUUACCACGCUAGCAUGGUUUAUGACAACAUUGAUGCAUUGGUCUCCAACCAAGUCAAAGAAGCAAUUGGAAGAGACAUUAUCGAAGCAGAGAAGAUGAGAGGAAAAUAA